CCAAUCCAGUACUAGACUCACGAGAGCAUAGUUGGCUUUCUAGACGAGCUGAUGUUCGGGGUCCUGACCGUAAAAAAGCAAGGAUAGUUGAAAAUGUGACUAGCAAAGUCGCAGAAGAUGUAUUAAAAAAAACAAAAAAACAAAAUGAUGAAGAUUCUAAAAAAAUUGUAUCCAAAAAAAAUUGUCAAGCUAUUACACCGUCACCAAAUUCAGUAUCUGAAUCUGUAGAAACCAUUUAUGACUCAGAGCUAGUUGAAAUUGAACAAGGUGAAGAAGAAAUUCAGAGGCUUUCAAAGGAUGAGGUUGACAUUCAUAAUAAAUUACUUGAGAUUUUGGAUACACAACAAAAAGAAGAUAGGAAAUCUGGAAAAGAUUGCUUGUCAUCUAUAUCACUCAAUCAUAUUAUCAACUUAUCUAAUGAUAAAGUGCUCAAAAAAGUUACUAAUACUUUAAAUGAAAUUCAAACUAAAUGGCUCAAUAUGGAUACACCAGGAUGUAGUAGAUAUUGGAUGCUGACCACACUCGACACAAAAAAACAUAAAGUUGAUAAAGUUUUUAAAAUCAUUAAAAUGACACAAAAAAAUCAAGCUUUCAUUAUCGUUGAAUUUUCAUAUGGCAGAAGAGCCCUUUUAGCCAAAGAAAAUGGUGAUCAGAUUAAACUAUGUCAAAAUUCAAUGCGAAUUUUGAAUAGGUUACUAGAAAAUGUGUCAAAGGAUAAAGCACAUGUUUAUCUGAUACAAGCUGUCAAUGGCUAUAUUAUUAUAAAGUAUCUAAUUCGCCCUUUGGUGUCAAUAUAUUUUCUUCAACGAUCCAAAUAUAUCAAAAUACCUGUAUCCUUUGACAAUUUUGAACAAUUUGCUAUUGAUAUAGGAUACUUAAUGAAUUUUCAGACUGAUGUAUUAUCAACAAUUAAAAAAAUAAAUAAAAUGUUAACCGGUGAUAAUAUUCUCUAUAUAACUCCAGUGCAGGACACUCCAGCAAAGAAAAAGGAAAACCAAACUUUCUCUUCAUCACCUAAAUCCCCAUGUCCCAGAUCUCCAUCACAAACAUUCGAUUUAUUUUCAUAUUUGUAA